CGAACCUGCCAACUGGUGGUGACGAAUUUCGCUUGACGUUUUUCCAAUAUACAUAAUUGUGCGUAUACACACGUAUAGUAGCGCACUACGUCGCAUAAUUUUUGUGAAAUUUACGCUCGUUUAACAACCGCACCGGAACAAGCGCGUCUAUGGCAGAGGCGGUAAGUGGCACACAGUCCACCACCGGUCCUAUUGGUGGAAACAAUGGUGCAGUUCCGGCUGCUAAUAACGCGACCGCGGCUUCGGUCCCUAGCAAUGCCAGUAGUAGUGCAGUAUCGUCUACUACGAAUGCAACCUCGAAUCCUAAUGCGGAGAUCAUACGCGGACAACUGUUCGAAGUGGGACCACGCUACAGGGACUUGACUUACAUCGGCGAAGGUGCCUAUGGUAUGGUGGUAUCGGCACUGGAUACAUUAACAAAUACAAAAGUUGCUAUAAAAAAAAUUUCGCCGUUCGAACAUCAAACUUAUUGUCAGCGCACGUUGAGGGAAAUCAGAAUUUUAACCCGCUUUAAACAUGAAAAUAUAAUUGAUAUUCGAGAUAUAUUGCGAGUAGAUAGCAUAGAACAGAUGAGGGAUGUAUAUAUUGUACAGUGUUUAAUGGAGACUGAUCUUUACAAACUACUUAAAACACAGAGGCUUAGCAAUGAUCACAUUUGUUAUUUCCUUUACCAAAUAUUGCGUGGUUUGAAAUACAUUCACUCGGCGAAUGUAUUACAUCGAGAUUUGAAGCCAAGCAAUCUCUUGCUGAAUACCACUUGUGAUCUUAAGAUUUGCGAUUUUGGUUUGGCUCGUGUAGCUGAUCCGGAUCACGAUCAUACCGGCUUUUUGACGGAAUAUGUUGCUACGCGAUGGUAUCGAGCUCCCGAGAUAAUGCUAAACUCGAAGGGCUAUACAAAAUCGAUCGAUAUUUGGUCGGUCGGUUGCAUCCUGGCCGAAAUGCUAAGCAAUCGCCCCAUAUUUCCAGGCAAGCACUACCUGGAUCAAUUGAAUCAUAUUUUAGGCGUAUUAGGAUCACCAUCGAGAGAAGAUUUGGAGUGCAUUAUAAAUGAAAAGGCUCGUAAUUACUUGGAAUCGCUGCCAUUUAAGCCAAAGGUACCUUGGUCUCGACUGUUUCCAAAUGCCGAUCCACUAGCAUUGGACUUAUUAGGUAAAAUGUUAACGUUUAAUCCGCACAAUCGAAUACCCGUGGAACAGGCAUUGGCCCAUCCAUACUUAGAGCAGUAUUAUGAUCCUGGCGACGAGCCUAUUGCGGAGGUGCCUUUCAGCAUCAGCAUGGAGCUGGACGAUCUUCCAAGGGAAAACUUGAAAAAAGAAAUUUUUGAUGAAACGCUUAAAUUUAAAGAACGUCAACCAGAUCAAGCGGUAUAAAUAUUUAUUAAUGUGCAUCGUUUUUAUUGGCGCUUAAUACACAGUGCAUUUAAGUAAAAAUACAAGCAAAAUCAUCAAACACAAAUCUAAACAAAGCCAUUUCACCAGUCAUCCAGUCAGUCAGCUAGAUUGGGCCAAAUGGCACACAGGAUGAACCGCGGUCAAUCGUUUAUGUCUAAAUCAUCAUCAACUCUUACUGAGCCGUAAUUCUUAAUGCACUCAGUCAAUCAAUCAAACAAACAUUCAAAUUAACUAACUCAAGCACGUUGCCGUUAAUUUUUGGCAUACUUUUCAUUGUGAUUCUCGUUACAAAUAUUUAAAUAUUAAAAUUGCACUCUUCAUCUUCGUCGUCGUCGUCGUGGUCGUCAUAUAUAAUUAUUUUCGAAGAUAGAUAAGAUAAACCAAGUAUUUUAAAUGUUUUCCUGUGUUGUAAACAUUGUUCUUACUUGCAACAACUAAACAAUCUUACGAGCAUUCACAAAAAUGAGGAAAAAACAUGCAUAAGUAGAUACAAAAGUACGUAAAUUUUAUAUCAAAAUUCCAUUUACCAUUUAAAAAGUUGUUUCUUUAUUAGCAAUUUCUAUACAUUAAAAACAGAUAUAUAAGAAAAAAAUUAAAAUGAAACGUAUCAAUCAAACAGUCUUGUCUGCUUCAUCGGUCGCUGUAGAAGGAAUAGCAAUACAAUACAAAAAUGAAACAAUAAACUGUGAAUAAUAUAAAAUUAGCCAAAAAAUUCAAAAAACCAACAAAAAUUAAAUAGCAAAAUAGAAAGAAUGAAGCAAAUGAACGAAAAAGUAAGAAGAUGAAUACAUUAAGUGGAAGUUUUUGUCGUGUAGUAGAAUUUACGUAUUACAUUUUUUCGCUAUUUGUGCACAUAUUUAUAUUUUAGCGUUUACAAAAAAAAAAAAAAAAACAUAUUGAUGAAAAUGAAUAAUAAAAUUAAAUUGAAAAAGGGCAAUGUAACAAGCAAAAUUUAAAAGCAAAAAGAAGUAAAGUCAUAAUAGUAAUAUAAAACAAAAGCAUUAGAGCAAUGUUAACUAAACUAAGGUGCAAACCAAAACGAGCGAAGGCAUUAGAAUGAAGUUUGCUUUUAGUUAGAAGUAUGAAUGCGGCCGCGAAUGUCAUGAACGUCACUUAAUGCUAGUUAUAUUUUAGUUGGUGGAAUAAAGACAUAAUUGUGUAACUUAUAUGCAAUGAUUUCUGAAAUUAAAUGUUUUUCUAUUGUGAAUUUAAACUGCAACCGAAGAUAUCGUGGAAGACGGCCCGUAACGCAAGACAUAUUUAGCUGUUAAAUCAAAUGUUGUGUAUUUUUAUCUUAUGUUAACUCUGGCGUCAACUGUAGCCGAAUUUAUUUGUGCGUAGAGGGUGACAUCUCUAUUGCUGGCAUCAAAGCUAUAGUGCAAAUAUAUUUCUAGUCGCAGUGUGGAGCAUAUCAAAAAUUAGUUGAUUUGAAAUUGGUGUUUUGCUAGGAUUCAAUCCAGCAAUCCAAUUGAAUUUACUUUAUUUACCAUAAAAACCGGUACUCUUUCUAUAAACUUUUGUAUGCGUGAAAACUGUUUUGGCGUUUAUAUGUACCUACAUUAGAAUUUUUGUUUAAAAGUGGCGCUUUGCUUUUUGAAAUUUUCUUGCUCUAAGUCUCAUUUAAAUUAUGAAGUGCUGCUCGACCGUUUUUGUUGUAACAGCCUAUAAAAUACCUCAGUAAGUGCUUUAUUUUGGAGGAAGUAGCUGCAAUAACGACAGUGGUUGUCCAUCACACAGCAGCUGACUUCAGUGCAGUGAGAGAGACCAUUGCUGGAUAUAAAUUCGUGUCGUUUCGAUAACAUAAAAUCGACUGUCAUGGAAACGUGAAGAACUUUAUCCGAGUGCAAUGAUGUUUAGGAAGACAUUUUUAUAUUAAAAACUUUGCUAUCAUUUGGUGUUCUGUGUUCGAAGUCGGGCGAAACCCUGAAUAGUAGUCACGCACAAACCUACUCGGCUACAGGGGCCAUUCAUGAUAAUCGCUGCAUCCAUCAGUAUGCAUAGAAAGCCCCCAGAGAGUGACGUUUUCUACAUAUCGCUCAACAUAUAUUAUUAGUUCAAGUUUGUAUGUAAUUAUGUAUGUAGUGGCUACAUUUACAGCAAACAAAGAAAUCCAAUUAAAAGGUGUUUUUUCAUUUUUCACGAUUUUUUCAUUCAUUAUUCUUCACUAUGAUUGUAUUGUAAUUGCCUUUUAGACGUGUAUUAUAUACUUGAGAAUACAUAUAUACAUACAAGGGUGCAUGUUAUUAUUUUGUAAGAAGUUAAUUAAAAUUAAA